UAUGGCAUCCUGCAGGAUAAUUUUUUCAUUCGACGUGUAAAUAUUCCGGCAAAUGAAGUGAUGCGAAAAAUAUUUUGAUGAUUGUCAUAUUUCAACGGAAAGUUUCUUCUAAAGGUAUUUGGAUGACAUGUAAUUCAAGUACAUAAGGGAGGAGGAGCAUGAAUUUAAUGCGCAAGCUAGUAGGGCAGAGUGCCCGGCCUGGCAUGGAAGUUAGCCAGAGCAACUCAGACAACAGUUUAGGGCUAACCCAUCUGCGCAAACUGUUUGCUGAGUUCCGUCAUCCGUCAACAUCAUAUACAUCAAAAGACCAAGAAGAAAAAUUAUACAACAUGCUACCCUUGUUUUGUAAGGUGUUUGGAGGUUCCCCUUCCAAUGAUAUGACAGAAAAAUUUGGUGACAUCCUCCAGUUUUGUAGCCAUGUGUCCAAGUUGAUGGUGACAGAGAUCAGGAGAAGAGCAUCCAACCAAUCAACAGAAGCAGCAAGUUGUGCCAUUGUCAAGUUCUUGGAGAUUGACACGACAGAAGAAUCCAGCAAUGGCUGGAUGUUGCUGAGUACUCUGAAUCUCCUCAGUACCGGUGCCCAUAGUUUAAUAGACUGUAUGACAGCAGCUUCCCUUCCUUCCACACUGGUCAAAUGCCUCUAUCUGUUCUUUGAUCUCCCUGGAGCAAAGAUUGAGGACCGUAGCCACAGUGAGUUUACAUCAGAGGAAAGGAGAAUUCUGCUGCAGAAAGUAUUUGUGCAGGUGCUUGUACGACUGUGCAGCCACACAGCCCCAGCAGAGGAGUUGGCCAGAAAAGAUGACCUGACUUUGUUGUUCAGUGCCAUCACCAGCUGGUGUCCUGCACACAAUGUGCCAUGGAGGAAGAGUGCCGCUGAAGUCCUUAUGACACUUUCCAGGCAUGGACUGACCCCUAAUGUAGUGCAGUACAUUCAUUCCAAGGGCUGUGUGGCCUUGUGUAUAGAGAACAUGAAGAGAAACCAGGACCUGACCCCACUGGAGAUAGUGGAAAUGUUUGUCACAGUGUUCUGCUUUCUGAAGGACUCCAGUGAGGUGUCACAGAUCUUACUGGAUGACUUCAGAUCUUGUCAGGGUUAUAUAUUUCUAUCAGACUUCCUUUUGAGAUUAGAACAAGAUGAAGACGAGGAGACCAGGCAAGCCCUAAGGAACUUGGUCCUCCUCAUGGGAUCACUAACUACAUGUGGUUACAUUGAGUUAAAGCCGACCCAGGCCAGCACUGGCUCCUUAUAUCAGAUGCCUGGUUUUACUCUACCGCAACCAGCAGGGAAAGCUUUUCAAGGAGUGAGUGUAAGAAACAUCCAGGCUUUCCAGGUUCUGCAGUCAGUGUUUCAAAGGGCCAGCAGCAGUCACCUGUGUAGUAUCAUCCUGGAUGUGAUCAGUAGUAUCUAUCACCAGGACAGUGCCAACUACUUCAUACUGGAGCCACAGCACACACUGUCACAGUUUGCUGAGAAAGUCCAUCUAAAGCCAGUUGACAUCCAGCAAAAGUUUUUUGAAAUCAUGGAGUUCAUAUGCUUCAAUCUGAACUUUGUACCCUGUAAAGAACUCAUAAGCAUCAGCAUUUUACUCAAAACACAGAACUCAAUCCAGUGCAGUGUGUUAUGUAUGAAGAGCCUUCUGAAAAUCCUACGGUACCAUAAAGUCUACAAGGAUGUGUUUCGUGAGGUUGGUCUACUGGAAGUUGUGGUCACCUGCCUGCAUAGGUAUGCUGCUUUGCUGAAAGAUUCCCCAGAUUCAACAGGUUCACAUUCAAUAGGUUAUCCCAACUUUCUAAAAUAA